AUGGACGAAGGCUUUAGAGACCGGACCGCCUUCAUCCGCGGCGCAAAGGACAUCGCCAAGGAGGUGAAGAAGCAGGCGUCCAAGAAGGUGGGCAAGGGGGUGGACCGCGUGCAGGACGAGUACACCAAGCGCGCCUACGCUCGCUUUGAGGAAGAGGACGAUGACGACUAUCAGCCCCAAGACGGAUACUACCGUGGGGAGCCCUCGGCCGACGAGGAAGGGGCCUCCAGCGACGCCACGGAAGGCCACGAUGAAGACGACGAGGUCUACGAGGGGGAGUACCAGGGGAUCCCCCGGAAUGAUUCCCUGAAGGGGGGAGACCGGCUGACGGCCAGCCCGGAGGCAGCCAGCGAGUUCAGAGACUUCGAUGACCUGGAAGGAGAGAAGAAGAAGGAGAAGGAGGAGCUGUCUCAGCAGUAUGAGCUGAUUCUGCAAGAGUGCGGACACGGGAAAUUCCAGUGGACGCUCUACUUUGUGCUCGGACUGGCCCUCAUGGCUGACGGAGUGGAGAUUUUUGUGGUCGGCUUUGUCCUCCCCAGUGCCGAGAAGGACAUGUGCCUGUCAGACUCCAAUAAAGGCAUGCUGGGCCUGAUUGUCUACCUGGGAAUGAUGGUGGGUGCCUUCCUGUGGGGCGGCCUGGCAGACCGGCUGGGGCGCAGGCAGUGCCUGCUGAUGUCGCUCUCGGUCAACAGCGUCUUUGCCUUCUUCUCCUCCUUCGUGCAGGGCUACGGCACUUUCCUCUUCUGCCGGCUGCUCUCUGGUGUGGGCAUUGGGGGGUCCAUCCCCAUCGUUUUCUCCUACUACUCGGAGUUCCUGGCCCAGGAGAAGCGUGGCGAGCACCUCAGCUGGCUCUGCAUGUUCUGGAUGAUUGGCGGCAUCUACGCCUCUGCCAUGGCCUGGGCCAUCAUCCCCCAUUACGGGUGGAGCUUCCAAAUGGGAUCCGCCUACCAGUUCCACAGCUGGCGCGUCUUCGUCUUGGUCUGCGCCUUUCCGUCGGUCUUUGCCAUCGGGGCCCUCACCACCAUGCCGGAAAGCCCCCGCUUCUUCCUGGAAAACGGCAAGCAUGACGAGGCCUGGAUGGUUCUGAAGCAGGUCCAUGACACCAACAUGAGGGCAAAAGGCCACCCUGAACGGGUCUUCUCGGUGACCCACAUCAAGACAAUCAAACAGGAGGACGAAUUGGUCGAGAUCCAGUCGGACACAGGGACCUGGUACCGGCGCUGGAUGGUCCGCUUCCUGAAUCUUUCUCAGCAGGUCUGGGCAAACUUCCACCAGUGCUUUGCUCCCGAGUAUCGUCGGGUCACGUUGAUGAUGAUGGCGGUCUGGUUCACCAUGUCCUUCAGCUACUACGGCCUGACCGUCUGGUUCCCAGACAUGAUUAAGCACCUCCAGAAUGUGGAAUAUGCCUCCCGCACAAAAGUGUUUAACAACGAGACGUUCAGACACAUCACCUUCAACUUCACCCUGGAGAACCAGAUCCACCGCCGGGGGGAAUACUUCAAUGACAAGUUUAUUGGCCUCAAGAUGAAGUCGGUCACCUUCAUUGACUCUUUGUUUGAAGAGUGCUACUUUGAGGACGUCACGUCGAGCAAUACUUUCUUCAGGAACUGCACUUUUCUGGCCACCGUCUUCUACAACACAGACCUCUUUGAGUACAAGUUCAUCGACAGCCGGAUCGUCAACAGCACUUUCCUGCACAACAAAGAAGGGUGCCAGCUGGAUUUCAGUGAUGACAACAACGCUUACAUGAUCUACUUUGUCAGCUUCCUGGGCACCCUGGCGGUGCUGCCAGGCAACAUUGUCUCUGCGCUCCUGAUGGACAAGAUCGGGCGUCUUCGCAUGUUGGCCGGCUCAAGCGUCAUGUCUUGCAUCAGCUGCUUCUUUUUGUCCUUCGGCAAAAGCGAGUCAGCCAUGAUUGCCCUCCUUUGCUUGUUUGGCGGGGUCAGCAUUGCCUCCUGGAACGCCCUGGAUGUCCUCACGGUGGAGCUGUACCCUUCGGACAGAAGGACCACCGCGUUUGGCUUCCUCAAUGCUCUCUGCAAGCUGGCGGCGGUUUUGGGCAUCAGCAUCUUCACGUCGUUUGUGGGCAUCACAAAAGCCGUGCCCAUUUUACUGGCAUCAGCGGCCCUGGCUGUGGGCAGCUCUCUGGCCCUGAAGCUGCCGGAGACCAGGGGGCAGGUGCUGCAAUGA